UACCUCAAGGAGACAAAAUUAUUGACACUUUGAACAAAAAAUUUAUACAAUAUGCACCCUUGCAGUCAAAUAUUUCAAUAGACGAGUCGAUGGUUCCUUACUAUGGAAAACAUGGCUGCAAGCAAUUUAUACGCGGCAAGCCGAUUCGGAUACAAAGCUUGGGUUAUGAGUACCAAACGACGGACGGAAAAACAAAGAAAUCGCCAGUGAAAGCCAAGGUCUUGGGGAAUCUGUUGUACUAAACUUUGCUGAGGUUCUGCAAAGAGAAUAUUCUGGUUUGCGCUGUUCACUAUACUUGAACAAUUUUUUUACCUCUGCUAAAAUGAUAUACAAACUUACUCAGAUAGAUUUUGGGGGCAACAGGGACAGUGAGAGAAAGUAGAACGAUGAAAUGUAAAUUAAAUGACUCAAAGAUAAUGAAAAAGGAAAAAAGGGGAAUUAAGGACAAUAGUAUCGUGGGAAUAAAAUGGAAGGACAACAGCGUUGUCAGUGUUUUGUCAAAUGCAUUGAGCCUUUAAAGGUUUUCGGUUCAAGAAAAAAUGAAAGUUAAUGUUCCCCAACCCUGUGCAAUAAAAAUGUAUAACACGUUCAUGGGGGUGGGGGGGUGUAUGAAAUAGAUUAUAAUAUAUCCAACUACCGAAUUGAGGGGCAAAAAGUGAUAUGAUAUACCCCCAUACUGUAUUGGAUGAUUGAUUUGUGCGUCAACUAGCCCGCGCAUACGGUUAUUAAUAAGUUAAUCUUCAUUUUCGAAGAGAAUUUCCCAGUAUAUUUUAAAGAAAUAAGGAGUAAAACCGAAAAGCCUGGGCCAAAGAGAUCUUCUAUAUAUUGUACCACUUCGGAAGGACACCACUUGAUAGUUUGUCAACAGCCAAGAAGAAGGUGCUUUUUAUGUAAAAUCAAACUUGUCAAAUUCCACUUCACGACAAAUGUUUUGAUGAAUUCCAUAAAAUGUAACCACUUUUUAAUGUUUCUGUUUAAAAUAUCAAAAAAUAAAAAAAAGAUAAUUAAGUCUUGUUUUUUAUUCAAUAAGCGCCCAAGGGGUCGUUAACCACCAUUUCUAAAUAUAUUUUUUUAACAUUUUUUCAUAUCAUGCUUUGUCGUUUUUUAAUUAAAAAUAAUUAAUUUACUUGUUCAAAAAAAGUUCAUAGUUCUGGACAUCGUUUGUCGGAAUGUUGCACGUCGUAUCUUAACCAAGCAUAGUAGGCCGCCGUCGGUAAUCCCCCACCUGAACGGACAAGACCGAAAGUAAUUCCACAAAGCUGGUAGUGCCCGCGUGUCCAAGUCUCGACGGUCGUACCACGUACCGAGUCUACGCAAUCGAAAACAUGAAUCGUACUGGGAAACUGGUCUGACGUUGCUGGUGAUUUUUUUGCCUUCGUCGUCGCUUUCUGGAGGUCCAUCUUCUGCUACGCGGCGACUGACCCGAGACCCGGCCGCGAGUCAACACUGAACCGAGCUUCGAGGUAGUACCGGGGUUUUGGUGUGGCGUUUUUCUUUCCGGCUGUGUUUAACAGAAUGGGCAUCAAAAUGGCGGACAACGUCGACGACUACCCCGACCGCGUUGCGGAAAUGUACAAGGAUAAGACGAUCUUCAUCACCGGUGGUACGGGCUUUGUCGGCAAAGUACUAAUCGAGAAACUGCUGCGUUCCUGCAGUCAGGUGAACAAAAUAUACAUCCUGAUCAGGACUAAGAAAUGGAAACACCCAAACGACCGCCUUAAGGAUAUGUUCGCAAGCCCGUUGUACGACAUGGUCAAGGAACAACGCGGCGAGGACAUCAUCAACAAGGUAUCGCCCGUAGUAGGGGACGUGAUGCUCCCCAACUUGGGGAUCUGCAAGGAAGACAGAGAAAUGCUGGCUGAGGAAGUGGAAUUUAUCUUCCAUUGCGCUGCGACGAUCAGAUUCGACGAGACAUUGAGCAAGGCGGUGUUUUUGAACGCCCGAGGCACCAAAUACAUGCUGGACCUGGCCAAGGAAUGUAAAAAAUUGCUGUGUUUUGCCCACUUGUCAACCGCUUAUUGCCACCUGCAUGAACGCAUACUUUACGAAAAGCCCUACCCGCCCCCCGCCGAUCCCCACAAAGUGAUCCAAACGGUAGAAUGGCUCGACGAGGAGGUGAUUAAUACCAUCACCCCCACCAUUCUGGGCGACAUCCCCAACACGUACGCCUUCACCAAGGCUUUGGGGGAAGCCCUGGUGGGUGAAGAGAAAGAUCGACUGCCCGUAGUUAUUCUGAGGCCCUCUGUAGUGAUACCCAUAUGGAAGGAGCCACUGCCCGGGUGGACGGACAAUAUCAACGGUCCUACGGGGCUCCUCAUCGGGGCCGGCAAAGGGGUCAUAAGGACCAUGUACUGCAAGCAGGACAGCUACGCAGAUUAUGUGCCCGUCGACAUCACCGUCAACGCCAUGUUGCUGUGUGUGUUUGACUACGUUGAGUUGAAAGGCGGCAGAUGGGUGUACAACCUCACCAGCUCGGCCGAAUACAAAAUAACGAUGGAGGAAAUAAUCAACAUCGGUCGUAGGGUCAUCAACACGCGGAUCCCACUCAACGGAGUAGCGUGGUACCCAGGAGGAUCGAUGAAGAGGUCGAAAAUAGUGCACUACAUCUGCUUUUUCCUCUUCCACCUGGUUCCCGCCGUCCUGGUUGACUGUUUAUUGUUAGUCCUCGGAUAUAAACCAGUUUUGAUGAGGGUGCAGAAGCGUAUCUGGAAGGGAUUCGAGGUAUUCGAGUACUACGCGAACAACCAGUGGGAUUUCAAUAACGAGGACUCGAUGAGAACCAGGGAAACCCUUAAUCCCAAAGAGAGACUGGUGUACAAGUGCGACGGGGACGGCAUAGACUAUUUCGAAUAUUUCACCAAGUGCGUGCACGCUGCCAGACUGUACAUACUGAAAGAAACUGACGAUACCUUGCCAGCAGCCAGAAGACAUAUGACAGUGAUGUGGCUGGUGGACAAGGUGUGCAAAAUCCUCUUCGCUGUCGGCAUGCUGUAUUUGCUCUACAAAAAGGUGCUGAGUCCCGUGCUGCAAGCGUACUUGUAGCGUCAAGUUCUUUUAGUUGUAGUUGUAGUAGUGGUUGUUGUUUUACCAGUGCAAUACGAGUCGAGAUGAUGGGGUCGAUAAUGUUGUCUUUUACUUUUAGUCAGAUAUACUAUUUUUAUACUUUUCCUUAAAAAAUAAAACUUAAAAUAAAAAAAACAAGGCGUAUCGCUGGCCUUGGCCAAACCAUACACGGGUUUUAUUUACGGCAAGUUGAAAACGUUAAAAUUCCAAAUCUUUGUAAGUAAUUUAAUGACUAUUAUAGUGGUACAAUAAAACCUCUGUUUGUGGCCACUCUCAUAAAACGGAUUCCCAAGGGUGGUCGCUACUGUGAUGAUGUUGUGUACUGAUUCGUUUAUAAAAACCCCAAAAGG